AAUUGCAUAUUGUUUGUAACACUUGUAACCUAAGUGGCAGAAACUAUGACGAAGACAUUUUUUCAUGGUUAUGAGAAGAUUGUGAAGCAGUGCACAGCAAGAAGUCAGCUAUGGGAAGAUCCCGAAUUUCCAGCUGUUCAGUCAUCUGUUUUUUAUCAUCAGACCCCUCCAUUUGAAUUUGUUUGGAAGAGACCUAAGGAAUUAUCGACGGAUGCAGUUUUUGUCAGUAGCAGUGAAAGACACCUUGGCUUGAAUGAGGGGAAGUUUGGUGAUCAGUGGCUGAUGUCCUGCAUGGGUUGUCUUCAUCGCAUCAAGAGCCUUUUCAACCAUGUUAUACCUCCAAACCAGUCUUUCCAAGAUGAGGAUGGGUAUUGUGGAGUGUUCUGCUUUCGCAUAUGGUGGUGUGGGCGCUGGAAAGAAGUCUUAGUUGAUGAUCGACUUCCAACCGUCAAUGGAAAACUUGUCUUUAUCCAUUCUCAAUCCUCCAAUGAGUUUUGGCCUUCCCUCUUAGAGAAAGCCUAUGCUAAGUUACAUGGAUCCUAUGAAGCCCUGAAAUAUGGGACAACAUAUGAUGGUUUGGCUGAUUUCACUGGAGGGAUUGUGGAGGCUGUCAAUCUUCGCCAGGAUCCAACAGGAUCAAGUCAAAGGAUCUCCAAACUCCUCAAGAUGACAUCUGUUGUCACCUGCACAGUAGAUCUUCAAACGAGGAAGAAUCAGCCUGAAAGAUUAGCCAAUGGGAUCUCGAUUGGGGUAAACUAUCGUGUCUGUGCUCUUGAGAAGGUGGAAACCUUCAAUGUGGGCAUGGUCCAGUUGAUUUGUCUUCAGCAUCCUCUUGGCUUAGGCACAGAUUACAUCGGAAUGUGGUCCCGAGAUUCUUCAUCUUGGACAGAAGUCCCCACUCAAGAGCAAGAUCGAUUGCGCUUGCAUCGCCUGAACCCUUCCCAGUUUUGCUUGGUUGGCAACGAGUUGAUAUGUGGAGAUCUCUCCAGUAUCAUGGUGUAUGGCAACGAGGUGUCUCUGCUGGUGGAUGCAAGAAUCACUCUGAGUCUUUAUGCUCUUGCAGACUCAUUUCAUAUCAACCCCCAGUUGUUGAUCAUUUGUGAGGACCCAGAUGAUGUGAUCAUCUCCCUCAGUCAAGGAAGUAUCAUGGAGCCAAAAGUCAUUGGGUUCACUAUCUACACUCUGAGCAAGCCAGUCACCAAUGCACUCGGACAAGAGUUCUUUCGCAAGCACAAGUCUCUAUUUACCUCACAAUAUACCAACAGUCGGCACCUCAAUAAUUCAUGUCAUUUAGCUCCUGGUUCAUAUGUUCUCCUUCCUACUACAUUUGAUCCUGGACAAGAAGCUUCCUUUGUCCUUCGCAUUUACUCCCACCGAACAGUGAAGUUCAGGCCUCUGGAUAUCCAGCCUGCAGUGGUUAGUCCAGUGAUUCUCCAGGCUCCUGGCCCUCUUGGAGGAAAGGAGUUUGACCAGUAUGAGGCUGUGUUCCUGCAGCUUGCUGAUGAACAUCGUUCAGUCAAUGCUUUUGAACUACAAGAACUUCUAGAAGCCUGUUUGCCAAAUGACUUCAAGGAUUUCUUAGUGAGCCUCAAGUUUUGGCAGAAUGCUUUUCGCAGUCAUACAAAAGAGAAGCUUGGGAUCCUCCGAGCAGAACGACUUAGGGAUGCUCUUCUCGAUGUGGGAUAUCAGCUUAGCAGUGACAUCAUUUCUGUGCUGAUUCUCCGUUACAUGAGGAAGGAUGGGACUCUCAGAUUUGGGGACUUUGUGUCAGCUGUUCUGCACCUCAGCAUAGCAUUCCGUCUCUUUGAGAAGAAAAGUUCAACAAUGACCAGUAACAUGAAGCUUGGCCUAGCAGAGUGGCUCUCUCUUGCUCUGAAGUGUUGACAGACAUGGUCUGUAUGCAGCAUUGCUCAAACUAGUUGCUUUCCAACCAUCAGUACCUCAUCAUCCUGGAGAAAUGAGAUAUACAUAUCCUGAUUGAUUCCUUAGAAUUUAUUGAGAGCAUUUACAACUUGCUUGUGCCUUAUCAUGUUGACCUAGGACUCUCCUAAAUUAAAAUCAAAUCUUCAGAUACCUUGCAUUUACAGUUUUGAACCAUUAGUGUCUGAUAGGUACUGCAUGUCAUGAAUAGGACUUCUUAAAAGUUUUUGUAUAAACAUUUAUGAUUUGGCAUAGGCAUACUAUGCAAAUCAUUCAUUGAGCAUUUCCAAUGUAAGACAAUUCCUAUCCAGCAAUUUUGAACAAUUUAGACACCUUGGAGAAUAUCUUCUCUUGUGGUCAUUGCCUCACCUGAUGUGUCAUGUGCAUGAAUAAUGCCUGAUGUUUUUUAAGUUUGUGCCUUAGGGUGAAGAUUAAGUCACUAAGUUAUUUUAUUAAAGUUUUCUUUGAUAUUUAUUAAUUUUAAAAUCUGUCUUGUGUUGCUGGAAUGCAAUCAAUAGUUCAGAGUCGUAUCUAUGCCUGUAUUUAUUAUUGCAAAAUUAUGUAUAUUGAAUUCUUGCCUUUCCAAGGGGCUUAUACCUCAUAUUUGCAUUUUUGGGUCAUUUCUGAGCAUUUGCCCAUUAACAUUGCUUUUUAUAUAAUUACAAACCAAAGACCAGUGACUCUAAGUCUACCUUGGCAGUAUUGUUCUGUGUUGAUCUGUUUGUGUCUUGACUGGUUACUGUCUGAGCUUCAUCAGUUGUCCCUUUGGUUGUUACUCAUUCCUUGGGACUUUGUGAGAAAAUGAAAUGGGGGGCAUUUUGCAUGUUAUUUAUCUUUGUAUGAUGGAGUCAUCUUAUGUUGUCUAUUCCCUGUUGAACCAUACCGGUGAUGGUCUAAUAUUGUUUUGAAACCCAGAUGUGGGAACUGCUCAGAG